CUCAUACAUUAAUACCCAUGAUGAAAAGACAAAGAGAAAACGAAGAAAAAGAGAGCAUAGAUUUAGCAACAACUCUAAUGUUACUAUCUUCUCGUAUAACCCAACAAAACAAAACAUAUUCUCCAGUUGAGUUUGAGUGCAAAACUUGCAACCGUAAAUUCUCAUCUUUUCAAGCCCUAGGUGGUCACAGGGCAAGUCACAAGAAGCUGAAACUUCUUGAUUCAGAAGAAGCACACAAAGUGAAUAUUCAUAAUAAUAAGCCCAAAAUGCAUCAAUGUUCAAUUUGUGGACAAGAAUUCAAACUUGGUCAAGCUUUGGGUGGACACAUGAGAAGACAUAGGAUUAAUAAUGAAGGGUUUUCAUCUUCUUCAAUAAAUUAUCAAGUGAUAGCAAAAUCUUCUCCUGUUUUGAAAAGAUCGAAUAGCAAGAGAGUUAUGAUCAUGGAAUUGGAUUUGAAUUUGACACCUUUAGAAAAUGACUUGAAGUUGUUGUUUGGAAACAAGGCACCUAAAGUUGACAAUUCUUUGUUCUGAUUUUAGUCUCACUAACUUUUUGUACAUUAUAAUUCUUUCAAUUAUAUUUGUUUGUAGUAACAUUUAUUGGUUUAUGUAUUUUAAAAAAUAUUUAUGAUUUAUUGCAUUUCAUCGGACUUGUAAUUAAAUUAACCUUUGGGUUGUGCAGGGUUUGUUAAUUGUAGGGUAAAAUGUUUACAAGUUUGAAAUUUCAAUGUAAAAUUAUAUGGAAAACCGUGUGAUAACCGAAUAAAGCAGCAUUCUUUUACUUGUUCA